UCCUUCGUCUCUGUCUCUGUCUUUCUUACUCUCUCUCUCUCUUCCCUUUCUCUCUCUUCUCUUUUUCUAUCCUCGAAGCAAGAAAUGGACUCUAACAGCGUCGUUUCUUGGCCGAGGUUGCCGGAAAACAUCGACGGUUUCGGUAUCAAACAGAAACAAUCCGAAGAGGUUCAUGUUUUAGCCGUUGAUGACAGUAUCGUUGAUCGCAAAGUCAUCGAACACUUGCUCAAAGUCUUAGCUUGUAAAGUUACUGCUGUGGAUAGUGGGCUGAGAGCACUGCAAUUGCUUGGACUAUUGGACGAGCAGAAAAUUCCCUCUGAAACUAAUGGUUUUGGGGGUUUAAAGGUGGAUCUAAUCAUCACAGACUAUUGUAUGCCCGGAAUGACCGGUUAUGAAUUACUCAAGAAAAUUAAGGAAUCCUCCAGUUUCAAGGAAACUCCUGUGGUGAUUAUGUCCUCCGAAAAUGUUUUGCCACGCAUAGACAGAUGUUUGGAGGAGGGUGCAGAGGAUUUCAUAGUGAAGCCAGUGAAGUUAUCAGAUGUGAAGCGUUUGAAGGAUUUCAUGACAACAAAGGAGGUUAUAAGGGGUGAAUUAAGCCAAGAAGAAAGGGAAGGGAUCAACAAGAGGAAGCUAUUAGACACCUCUGAUGUGUCGCCAUCAUCACCACCGUCCAUUUCCUCAUCACCACUCCCAUCGUCACCCAGCUCAGUGAUUGAUUCUCCAAUCAGACGGCUUAAAAUGACCGGCACUGAUUGAUAUUCUCUAGCAAUUAAUUUGCUGUUUUCCUUAAUUUUCUCAUUCCUGUAGGCACUACAGCUGCAAGCCUGCAAUGUCUAUCUUUAUAAUUAUAAAUAGUAGUGUUUUUUUCUUCUUCUUUGGAUUUGUUGUUUUACUCUUUUAGGGUUGAAAUUGCAAACCGUUAAUUGUAACGGUUUUUGUUGCGCUUCCCUCUUCUUAAUUAUCUAAGUUAUUUUAAUUGUUUAUAUGAAGGUUAAUUGG